AUGAACUGGCGAAAAAAUCGAUUUUUUUUUCCAACAAACAAAAAUGUUGGGUUUUCGCGGGUAGGUCAAAAACUAGAAAAAUUAGCAAAAUUAUAUGAUUGUUUUUUUUCGAAAAUGUAUUUUUGGCCACAAACAAACUAAUUUACUAAUUUUUCUAGUUUUUGAUCUACCCGCGAAAACCCAACAUUUUUGUUUGUUGGAAAAAAAAAUCGAUUUUUUCGCCAGUUCAUUAUUUUUGCUUCGAGCUUGAACUCGAGUUUUUGAUACACUUUUUGACGAGUCUCGCUAGGAUUCGAGCUUUUCGAGCUCUCCUUUUGCUUAUGCUUGUGUGUUAAUAAGUGCAAUUAGGAUAAUUUUGAAGAACCUUUUUUAAUUAGGAUUUUUGAGUCAUUCUUAGUGAGUUUGAGAAGUGCGAGAAGGGCUAUUUUGCAGGGUUUGCUGAGUUCAAUUCUCGAAUUUCCGAUAUUGUUUUGGAAAAUCUAGAUUUUUGUUCAGGAUAUUAAUAUUUAUUAUGAACUUUUACCGUGAAUUUCUCUCUCCUUGGUUUUUAAAAAAUAAAAGCAAAAACUAAAUAAUUGUUUAUUGCAGAUUGAUCAAACUGGUUGGUUAUUGGUUUGGUUGGUGGAUUACUGUGAUUGGUUGGUGGAUUACUUCGACGUGCGAUUUGAAUAUUAUCGUCAUUUACGAUUUAUUGUGAUUAGGACCUCGUCUAUUGCUUUUGAAAUGACGUGAGUGAAACUUUGAUUUCUUUGGUGUGUAAAAAGGCUACUUGUGAAUCGGAUUCAAAAACUGCCUGUAAAAUGUAGUGAAAAUCCAAAAUAAUUUUUUUAUUCAGAAACAGUUUUUUAUUCAGAAAACAGUUUCUGAAAUUUAAAAAUCGGUCAUGUGAUAAAUUUUUUUGUGAAAUGUGUCAUGGGAUAAAUUGUUCAUGAUUCAUCCCAUGACACAUUUCCUAUUUUAAUUUAUCCCAUGACUGAAAAAAAUUCAGAUUGGAGCCUGAUUUCUAUGAUUUUGAGAUCAGAAAUGUCAAAUAUCUUCUUUUUCAAGUUAAAAAUGACAUGAUCUGUCGAAAUUUCAGUAGAUUUUAUUCAGAAACAGUUUCUGAAAUUUAAAAAUCGGUCAUGUGAUAAAUUUUUUUGUGAAAUGUGUCAUGGGAUAAAUUGUUGACCUCUGAAUUUCAGUUUUUAGAGGUCCAAAACUGAAAAAUUCACACUUUUCAUACAGAAAAAAGUUAGCGAAAAAGUUGUUAUAUUGGAAGCCACGAUUUUGGCCGAGGUGUGCAUGACUCAUUCAGAAACGAUAGUUUUAUUACAGAGUAAACUCCAAACUCAUCAAUCCUCUCAACUUUUCGACAAAAUUUGAUUCCCAAAUAAUCAGAGGAUUUUUCGUCUUUAGUCAUGUGCAUUUACUGAACGGAAUAAGGUGGUGAGUUUUUGAAUUUUGAAUUUUUAUUCCACAUCAUGAACAAAAGUUUCUUGUGGAUUCACUAAGCUUUGAAACGUCAAGAAACGAGUUUUCAAACAAACACAAAAGGCAUUUUAAUGGCUGUUCCAAAACCCAUUCGCCAAGCUAUUCCAUUUUUUUCCAAUUUGAAGUUUUUUGGAAGACAAACUGUGAAAAUUAACAUUUACAGGAAGUUAGGAAUUCGAAUGUCUCGAGGAUCAUUCCUAAUACAAAUUCACGCUUCUCCUAUGAACUCACAACAUUAUGUUUUGGAAUUAGAUGGAAAAGUUGUGGUGAAAGCAUAUCGUCAAAAUUGUGAUGAUUUAACCGUCAAUUUUUCCAAAUUAUUGUUGAUGAACACACGUCAUCAAUUUAACCCAACUUUGGUGUUUGUGCAUGGUUUCGCUGAACUUGCGAAAUAUUUAUCCGAAGAAGGAAAUCUGGAUAUGCAUAUAGAAGUUAGUGGUGUCCAACGCAAUUUUGAUGUUCCUCGACUCAGAGAAUUGAAUGAAAUAUCCGUUUUGUUGAAUGGGCAUGAAAUAUUGUGUGAUCGAAAAGUUCGUGCAUCUCUUUUUGUUUUCCAAUUAAAAUAUUGAUUUCUAGAUUCUCUCGGACAUCUGCAAUGAUUGGAGAACGGCGUUGGAUGAUGGAGUUACUGAUCGAAUUAUUAUCGAAAACGAUGUGUCAUAUAGGACAUUGUUGGUGCUUCUUCAUUAUAACCAUACCGGUUCUGGACUAAAUGGUAAGUUACUUCAUCAGUUUUUCGUUCCGCGACGAAAACACUAGACUCGUUUGGCUUCAAGCUGUAAAAAGAGUUUUUUAUAUAUGAAAAACACAGGCCGGUUUUUUCCGGGACGACAUGUCCAUUCUAUAAAUUAAACAUACAUGAUUUUGAUUAUUGGGAAUCACUAUCUUACAUGUCAGCCAAAAUUUAUAUUAAUGAUGAUUUUCCAGUCGACGAAGUUUCUAUGAAAGAAUUGAUGAAAUAUGCGCAUCGAAAAAACAUGUCGAUUUUUUUGAAUACAGUUUCUCGAACAAUUUUGGCUGAAAACUUGACCACAAAACAAAAGCUUGUGUUAUCUGAUACAUAUGGAUUGCCAGAUGCCUUUGUAAGUCUUCUAAAAGCUUUUACUCUACAAUUCUAUUAUUUUUAAGAAUACCACCACGCAAGGCAUUGUGAAACUCCAAGAAGCUGAUGAAAUGAUUGUGAUGGAGGAAUUCAGCGAAUUUUCGAAAGAUUCGAAAUUGAAUUUGUUGAAUCGAUUUCACAAAUUAUUCAAGGGUUCACAAAAUUCGGUCUAA